GUUUUGAGAUUCCUGACACCACGGUAGUUGAUAAUUUUGUUCAUGCAUGUAGCAGUUUUUGUGUUCAUAUUUUCCGGAAAUGGCUGAAGGGGGCGGUGACGGUGAAGCUGAGUAUGUAGAGGAAGAAACAAUGAAGAAACCUGAAAAAAUUUCCCUAUCCAUGAUAGCAAGGAGAAAUUUACCACACCUAGAGGUCUCGAGUGGAUCACAAGAUAAAUUAAUUCAAAGUUUAAUGAAGCUGACCCAUAUUCGAUUAGACAGAGAAAAUAUUGAUGAGAUUGACAAUUUAGAAAUGUUAGGACCAGUGACAAACCUCUACUUACAACAUAAUAUAAUAUCCAGGAUUGAAAAUUUGGAGUCCUUACACCAAUUGAGGUUUUUGACGUUGGCGGCCAAUAAUAUUUCAAGAAUUGAAAACUUGAAUGUUGUGGCAGAGCUUAAGCUUCUAGACCUUUCAGAAAAUGCUAUCGAAGACUUUGAUCCAGCGGAGCUACCUCAGAAGCUGAUCAUACUCAAUUUAAAAGACAAUCCAUGUACAAAGUUACCUGGAUACAGAGUCAAAGUUAUCCAGCAUUUAGCUAAUUUGAAACAACUUGACAACGUGAAUGUGACAAAGUAUGAACGAAGAGAUGCAGGAUGUGUUGUAUCUGACAGUGAAGAGGAGGAAGAGGAAGAAGAAGAUGAGGAUGAGGAGGGAGAAGACGAUGACAGUGAUGAAGGCGUCAUAGCAGAUGGUGGUGACUGGGGUGAAAUCUUAGAUCAAGGAAAACAUUUAAAAAACAGAGCACUUGAUAAUAUUGAAGAUGUGUUCAAUAUAUCAACACGACUGAUCCAGCAAUCUCGGCAACGUCUUCAAAAAUACAUGAAAGAUCAUGCAAGUAGAGAAGAUGAACUAGACGAUGUGCGAACACAGUCCAGACUUGCUGAUGAAAAGAUGACUGCGAGAGAGAAUGAAUUCAGACUUAGUGUUGGGUCUACACCAACACCCAGGUAGCCUGCCAGGCAUAUGUUGUGGAAAAAAACAUGUUGAUUCUGGAUGUCUCUAAAAUUAAUGGUUCACUCAAGUAAAAUGAAAACUGUGUACAAGCCAGAAAAACCAAGUAGAGUCAGUCUGUCCAGCUAUCUGUCCGUCCAACCUGUUAAACUUUCGAUUGAGACUGCUCUAUCACAAGACCUUGGAACUAUUAAAGUAUUAACCUUGAGGGCAAGUUUUCUGGUGCAAAGAUUCUCAUAAAUAAUAUGGGUUUUUCCAUCAGUGGAGCAUCAUGUUAUAUCAUAUAGCCAAGACUUGAUUGGCAUUUCAGGUAUACUUCAUUUGUAUGGCCCCAAAAUGUCAUGAACUAAAAAACAUGCGAAUGUCUAUCGUACAUUUAUGUACAUUUCUCAAAAUAACUAACAUGUGAAAUGCUGAACUAUAAAAGGAAUUCACCUUUUCACAUUUAGAAUAUGAUUUCUUGUCUGUCAAUGUGCACUGGACUACAAGUAGUUUGCUCUUCUAUAUAUAUUUUCGACUUUCCAUACAAUAUAAAAAAAAGGACCACAAGCUCGGUCUUGCAGUGUAUUUCACCUAAGA